CUGGACUAGUCCAAACAGCAGAGGAAGUGUAUAAGUGCUUGGGAUGUGGGGUGACCUUCUCAGAUCAAAGCCAAUAUGAGGUCCAUCUGCAAAUGCACAGUGGAAAGAAGACACAUCAAUGCUUGGAGUUUGGAAAGAAUUAUGUUAGCAGAACAGAGCGUCCUAGCCAUCAAAGAACAUUUAAAGGAGAGAAACCUUGUGGCUGCACAGACUUUGGCAAGAGCUUCCCACAAAAAUCAGAUCCUACUCAAAACCAUUCUUGGACUCCUUCAGGAGAGAAUCCAAUAACCCGCAUAGUGAGUGGAAGGGCCUUCUCUGGUGUAAAAAAGAGUAAUGAACAUCUUCCAAAGAAGAGUAUAAUAAGGGCACGUAAAUGUUUAUGGUGUGGAAAGUUCUUCAGCUGCAGAUCAAAGCUCCUGGUGCACCAAAGAAUUCACACAAAGGAGAGACCUUUUGAAUGCUCAGAGUGCGGAAAAAGAUUCAGUCGGAAUAGCACUCUUCAAAGGCAUCGAAGAACUCACACAAAGGAGAAACCUUUUGAAUGCUCAGAGUGCGGAAAGAGAUUCAGUCAGAGCAGCAAUCUCCAAGUACAUCAAAGAACUCACACAAAUGAGAGACCUUUUGAAUGCUCAGAGUGUGGAAAGAGAUUCAAUCUUUGUAGCACUCUUCAAAGGCAUCGAAGAAUUCACACGAAGGAGAGACCUUUUGAAUGCUCAGAGUGUGGGAAAAGAUUCCGUCAGAGUAGCAGUCUUCAAGGUCAUCAAAGGACUCACACAAAGGAGAAACCUUUUGAAUGCUCAGAGUGCGGAAAGAAAUUCAGUCAGAGCAGCAAUCUCCAAGUACAUCAAAGAACUCACAAAAAUGAGAGACCUUUUGAAUGCUCAGAGUGUGGAAAGAGAUUCAAGCUACACUGUGGAAAGAGAUUCAGUUACCAUAGCACUCUUCAAACGCAUCAAAGAAUUCACACGAACGAGAGACCUUUGGAAUGCUCAGAGUGUGGAAAGAGAUUCAGUCGGAGUGGCAAGCUCCAGGAACAUCAAAGAACUCACACAAAGGAGAGGCCUUUUGAAUGCUCGGAACAGGCUGCUUUGUGGCUGUGGGGCGGGAGGCCCGGUGCUUCCCCGUGCACGCUUUCCUGGCGACUCAACCCCGUGGGGGGUCAACGGGGCUUGCAGUUGCCAAGGAGGAGGAGGAGCGGCCCCGAAACGUGCAGCUUGCAAGGGCUUCCUUUCCGGGGGAUGGGGAGGCGUCCAAAGGGUUAA